AGAAAAGAAACACAGAAAAAGGCAGAAGUAGCUUCCCUUCUCCUUCUUCCAACCCAACACGGCUAAGAAAUCCCCAAUUUCCCCUCAAAAUUAAUCCGAAGCGGCGAAAGCCCAAUUCAAUUCAGAGGUCUCUCUAUCUCUUCUUCUCUCUCAAAGUCCUAAUCCUUCCCCAAUCCGAUCCCUCUUCCUCAACGUUGAGGCGUAAAUUCCCAGGAGAUUGAGAGGGGUCGAUAAUCGAAGGGGAGCAACCAUGUUUACCAGGCUUUUUGGGAAACCGAAAACGGAAUCCAGUGCCCUAACCACCUUAGACAAGUUAAAUGAGACGCUUGAAAUGCUUGAGAAAAAGGAGAAAGUACUACAGAAGAAGGCUGCCGCUGAAGUUGAAAGGGCCAAGGAGUUCACCAGAGCAAAGAAUAAACGAUCUGCUAUACAAUGUUUGAAGAGGAAGAAGCUGUACGAACAGCAAAUAGAGCAGCUUGGAAACUUCCAACUCCGAAUCCAUGAUCAGAUGAUAAUGCUAGAAGGUGCAAAAGCCACUACUGAAACUGUAGAUGCCUUGAGAACUGGAGCAGCUGCCAUGAAGGCAAUGCAGAAAGCAACGAACAUAGAUGACGUGGACAAGACCAUGGAUGAGAUUAAUGAGCAGACCGAGAACAUGAAACAGAUCCAGGAAGCUUUGUCAACUCCAAUUGGUUCAGCUGCUGAUUUUGAUGAGGAUGAAUUGGAAGCAGAACUUGAAGAGCUGGAAGGUGCUGAGUUGGAAGAACAACUUCUUCAGCCUGCAACUACUGCUCCUGCAGCUCCAGUGCAUGUCCCAGAAGGAAGGCAACCAACACGUCCUGUUCCCCAGAAGCGCACUGCCGAAGAAGAUGAACUGGCUGCUUUGCAGGCUGAGAUGGCACUAUAAGCAGGUGUGUCUUCUGCAGAAUGGAACCGAACGAAUCUAUGUAAAGAAUUGGUCUGAUUUUAUGAUGGGGUUAUCUGCUCCUCUCGUGCAUCCAUAUUGCUUUGUGGCUUCAUUAUUAAACAGAUUGUAUAUAAAGGUGGGCAUAAAUUCAAACCGUGUCCCCUUUGCAACUUGUAUUCUGAGUUUCCGAAUUUUCUCCCUUUUUCUUCUUACCUUUUUCAACUUUUCUCUUGGAACAUAUGUUCAAUGUUCUGUCAAGCAUUAAUGAAUAGCUAUUUUGUGAUAUUACCAAGUCGAUAGUUCUAAAUGA